GUUCAAAUAGAAUCCGGAAGUUAUUUAUUAGUCUUUAGUAGUGGGUGGGUUUUCCUUUUGGCAAGAGAUUGCAACAGGUCGCUGAGUGAUUCAUCGUCAUUUGAUAUAGAAUCCAGAUCUAGAUCUAGAUCUCUAUUUGAUAAAGGUGAUCUCUGCUGCGACAAUGGCUAAGCAACCGUACCCAAACCAGGGCAUGUACCCACCUCCAAAUGAAGCUCCUCCUCCGUACCCUCAUCCACAAGGAGCUGCUCCCCCUCCUCCUGCAGCCACAUACAACACAGUGACAGUAGUGCACGCCCCACCUCCUCCACAGCAGAAACAGAAGGAUCUGUUUAAGAACGGCAACGUGAUCCAGCUAGUGUCUCGCACGACCGGCCGCACGGUGCAGAUCGUCAUGAAUGCCACCGGACAGAUGAUCCCAGAUGCCAACGGACCGCUGGACCCAGGGGCCUUCAACUCUCUGUGGACCGUGGUCAACGAGGGAAACAACCAGGUGAAGCUCCACAACUACAACAACUUUCUGGCUAUUGUGGAGGGCCAGACCAGGUGUGAUUCUAUCUACAUAUACACAUUUUUGUUUGUAUAUAUGUGUCAGCCCCCGGGCGUGGUGGCGGGCCCAGAGACCAAGUUCCAGCUGAGUCAGCUGCAGCAGCAGUUCAUCACCCUCGAGUCGCUGCGGGAGAAGAUGCGCCACGUUGGCUUCCUCAAGACGGGCGAGCUCAAGCCUGCCCUGGCCACAGGCAAGGAGAACGACGCCCACUUUGGCGUCAAGCUGGUGUCAACAGCCUACCCUGUGGUCCAGACUGUGGUAACCAAGUGAGAGAGAUGAAAUCCUUCCUGCCCGUGGAGACGAGAAACCAUUUCACCCUCUCCUCCCUCCCCCUCUCUCUCUUUGGCUGGUUGACCAGACACUCCAGUUUCUACGCAAGAUGUCUUCGUCAUUUCAUCUUUGAUCCUCGACUCUUCUUCUCCGGCCUAUCUGUCUUUGUCUCUCACUUGAUGAAGGCUGGGUUACAGUGGAUAGGGGCUUUUGGUUUUUUCUUUUGUUUUAGCAAAUUGUUUUUCUUUUUUGUGUUUUGGGAUGACCUGUUUGUUGUUUGUUUGUCAUUCAAAUUCACAAGGAGGUUAUUUUCUUUUUCCCAGUGAGGCCUAUAGUGUUAUAACGGGCUUGCAAUAAAUCCCCUAGUCUGACCUCUUAUGGUUAAUAAAAAAAAAAAUUUAAUAACAGGCAUUUAGACAGACAUGCCAGGCUCGAAUAGUGGUCCAGUGUUGAUGUACAUCCAGUCGUUGACCUUGGUCUGGCACCACAUUGUCAUUUUGCCUCCUCUUGGGUUGGCAAGACUUGUUAUGGGAAUAAAUGAUUGAAUGAAAAGUAGGCACUGUGAAUUGAACCUACAGAUAAGUGAGUGUUCCUUUUCAUAACUGAGGUCACUAUUCCGUUAUGAAUAAUUGCAAAGGGCACAGAGCAUGCUACAGACUCUGUAGAGCAUGGAUAUGCGCUAUAGCCUAUAUUAUUAUAAUAAAUGCAGUUAUAAUUAUUCAUGAACCGUGCAUCUCGAAUAAUGUCUAGUCAACCUUCACGAGACUAAGGCAGUAGAGCAGGAAUAGACAGAUAAGGUGAAAAAAAAUAUCACUGGAAAAGAAACAAAAAAUAACUGAUAAAUUGAAAGUGCUACACCUAUGCCGGCCUAUCGAAAUAAAAAUUGGUUUACAUUGUUACAUUUUAUACUGUGGUAAUGACAGGUGCCAUGCUUGUUGGUGGUUGGGGGGCGCCGCUGGUAGGUCUGUCUCUUUUCUUUCCCUCUGUUGUGGUCGUAUUUCUUUUCUUUUAUCCUGUUGUUUCUGCCUGUCUGUCUGUCUGUCUGUCUUGCCCUUUUCAUCACGAUAAUAUGACCGUUAUUGUGUAAGUGUGCUUCUAUUCCUCAACCAAUCAAACAGCUGUGGCUACAGAUGGUAUUAGUGCUUUGUGCUGCCCUGUACAUUUUAAAAAUGAUUCUUGCGUUGUGGUGGUGGUGGGAGGGAGGCUCUAUUCCAUCAUUUGCCCUUGUUGUUUGCUGGUGUUUUAUUGACCUGUGUACUGGGUUGUGUUGUGUUGUGUUGUCUCCUGCUGGUGCUGAGACUUCUUCCUGAGGUGCCAAACCUUUGAAUUUUCCCCUGCCCCCAACCCUACCCACCCUCUUCACUCCUUACCCCCUUACCCCUACUCCUACAACCCCCCCACUCACACCCGCACACAUUGUUUCUUGUUUUGGGAGUGGUUGGAAGGGAAGCCACUAGUAGGUACUAUGUACUUCUGUACCUUCCUUCUUUUGUUUCUCUCCGUCUUUAUCUUACUUUGCUCCUAAAGCUACAUAAAUGGGGGGGGGUUCGGUGGUGCUUUGAUGUGGUUUGCUCCCUCUUUCCUGUCAAACAUCAUUUGUCUUGAUCUCUCCUCCUUGUUUUUCUUUGUAUGUUACUCUUUAAUAGUUAUACCUCAAAUCUUCAGCACUUAUAUAUGACCUUUUUGUGUUGCAAGUGCUGUAAAACUCUUACUAUAAUUCAAUAAUGCUACUUGGCUGAUGUGUGGUCAAUGUACUUCUCUUUACUCAUACCAGACAGCUUGUUUCUCUGCUUUGUGAUACAUUAGAUUAAAGAGAGAUGGUUGUACUAUCAAAUA